AUGUCAUCUUUCCUGUCGGAUCUCAAGGAAUUCCGCGAUAUACUACAGGCGUACGCCGGGUCGGGCUCUGUCCCAAAGCAGGAGAACAUUCUUUCCAGCUUACUCAGCCGCUGUGAUUCCGUCAUUCUUGUUGUUGCUGAUGAGGAUGGUACCAAGGCUACCAAUGGAGAGAUGUCUACUGACUGGGCCUUGCUGCAGAAAGACUGUCUCGAUUACCUGGAGAGUCACCAAACCCUGCUGCAAAGUGCACAAAGUGAAGCUUAUAAAAUCGCAGAGGCCAUUAUACUACUUGAGAUUGCCCACGAAAAGGUUACAAACAGGGGCAUCGACGAUAAACGGAAAACUGGCAUGGAUAAUGGAAGAAAUAACAAAAGAUUGAUCUAA